UCGGCAGGCGGACUCUCAACCACUGCGCCACCAGGGAAGCCCACGUUUCUGUUGUUUUAAUCCACCUCCUAUCCAGAGGAGAAAGAAGGCAGCCAGGUAGCCUGGCACUGCUGGCCAGCUUUCUGGGUCAGCCCCUCUCCAGGCCAUGGAGAAGCUAUGUUACCUUGCAGAUGUCCUUCCCACCUUGAAGGUCCCCGGCACACAGCAUGCUCGUGGUGAGCAGAGGCAUCGUGGGGAAGCAUGUUUCCCACUCGAUCAGCUGGAUGUUGACUUUCCAGAGCACUGUUUCCGUACUUCGCUUAGGAACUGACCCAAAGAAGCAGCAGAUGGGGAGAGAACCCUGAGUUCAGCGUGGUCCCUUUGGAGGACCCACCCACAUCAUGUCUUUUCACCUCAACAACAAGGGAACUGCUCUGUGGCCCCGGCAAUGACCCAGAUUUGGACUGGGUGAGGAGGGGGUAGGAGGGGUGUCCGGGAGACUCUUGAGCCCACCCUCUCUGAAUCAAGAGCUCCUAGGACUGGGUCUCUACUGGAUUUCAGCCUCAGUGAACCAUUUUCUCACCCUGCCAAGGGUGCCAGGUUCCAGCAAGGGUCCUAAAAAGGAGUUUCAUUCAAAUCCAUGAGGAUGUAAAGAGAACCCACGAUGACAAGUUCUGUCCUGGGACCCACGGCACAAAAAGAUGGGCUUGAAGCUUGUGUCGGGGUCCUUGAGGAGUUCACUGCCUGUGGGCUCUAGCUGAGCCCAACUCCUAGAAUGUCCACUUCCGAAGAUGGGGAUGUGUUCCUCUUUGUAUGUUGCUGACUCCCCGGAGCCUACACACUGCCUGCAUCAUAGAGGAGUUUCAAAGAAAAUGAGGUUUUCGGUGUCAAGAUUUCCUUUACCAUGUACGACCUCCAAGGUAGAUCUUAUUCCAAAACAAAAGAAAGAGAAAAUAGCAAUGGGCUGCAGUUAGAAUCCACCACACACUGAGGAUCGAUCCUCCACAGAGAUGAUUCCCACCGUCAAGGAUACGCGUCUGCCAUGGGAAAUCUACAACGUCUGCAGGCACCCCGCCUAUGAUAUCCAAAGCUUCUGACUUCUCAGAACUGUUUAUUCUUUGGCCACAUUUCACUAAGAGCAGAAAGAAGGAAGAGGGAGGAGAGACCCAGCGCCCAACAGUCAAGAUGAAGAAACAGUCUUGGAGAGAUCACGUGAUUGCUGAAGACCAUUCAGCUUACAAGAGACAGAUGGGGAUUUUUCGGGCAGAAUGCGGUGAAAGACCCGUUUUUGAGAGAGGAGCUCAGUAUUCCAGAAUCAUAGGAGGGAUGGAGGCUGAGGUGGGUGAGUUUCCAUGGCAGGUGAGUAUUCAAACAAGAAAUGAACACUUCUGUGGUGGCGCCAUCAUCAGCAAGUGGUGGAUUGUCUCGGCGGCUCACUGCUUUCACUCUGAGAUCUCGCCAACAGAACUGAGAGUCGUGCUGGGAACGAAUAGCUUAAGCAGCCCAUCCCUGGAAAUAAAGGGGGUCACAAGCAUAAUUCUGCACAAGGACUUUCAAAAACUCAACAUGGACAAUGAUAUCUCCCUGCUGCUGUUGGACACGCCCAUCACAUUCAGCGAACUGAAAGAACCCAUCUGCAUGCCCACAGAGCCCGGCCUCUCCAGGUGGCACAAAUGCUGGGUGGCAGGAUGGGGGCAGACCCAAACUGGUCUCAAACAGCCUAUGGAAACAGAGCUGCUGAAAGUGCCCAUGACCAUCGUGGAUUGGGAGAAGUGUUCAAAGGAAUUUCCAAGACUUACCAAAAAUAUGCUGUGUGCUGGAUUUGAGAAUGAGACCUACGAUGCUUGCCAGGGUGACAGCGGGGGUCCUCUCGUCUGUACCACAGAAUCUGGCAAGAAGUGGUACCAGGUGGGCAUCAUCAGCUGGGGAAGGAGUUGUGGACAGAAGAAUGUUCCAGGAAUAUACACCUUGUUAGAAAACUACCACUCCUGGAUCAAGAAGAAAAGAAAGAGCAAACCCUGACAAAUGCAUAUUGUUUUCCAAAUAUAAAUGCCGCACCGCUUCCGCCCACGCGCAGAUGUCACCCCCUCUUCCCGGCUGCCCGGGUGUCGGUGUCGCCGGCCUGGGCGCUCUGCCACGACCGCUGUGGGCGCAGAUGGAGCCCAUGAAGUGGACUGCUGGCCGCCACUCGAGGUCACCUGGUUUCCUAAGAAGCAGAUUCUCGGCAGUUUCUCACAGGAGGAGCAUUUGCAACUCACAGCUCUGCUGGCAUCCUUUCCCCAUCCCUCCCCGCCCGAACACAGCUCGCUCGUUUGGAAAGUAACUGUGAAACCUUUUACCCCUCCUGUUGAAAAGCACCUUCUCACCCAUCCCUUUUGCCUGUAGAGGUAGCAGGGCAGAGAGGACCACUCCCACUGCUCAGAUGAGGAAGCCGAGGCUCAGAGAAGGGAAGGCGUUCCCUCGGACUGAACAGUGCUAAGAAUGUGGAUGGGAGCAGGGGGGUGAUGCCGAAAGCUCAGCUUCUCUGUGCGCCAGUGCUGAAUCAAAUCUCGGGGACAGAGUUUUGGGUGAAGUAGAAAAGAAUAGCUUUAUUACUUUGCCAGGCAAAAGGGGACACAGUGGGCUCCUAAAUCGAAAAACUAUGUGUCCCCACCCAGGAGGAUGUGAUGAGGAGUUUUAUAACAGUACUUCAAGGGCGGGGUUGCUGACAAGAUGAGGGUGUGUGCAGGGUCUCAGCUGGUCCGUCUCCUAAUCGUGAUGGGCUUCUCUGGUCCCUUUAAUCUCGCCUCAGGUGGUUCCUUGAUUAGCAACUGUUCGAAUCUUCCCUUUGGAACUCAGGGAAGGUCAUGGAGGCUGGAGUCUUGCUUACAAGAAACGGGGGACAAAAAGAGGCCUCCGUGCCCAGGCCCCACUCGGUUUCAGGGGUAGACAUGUUGGAGACCCCAGGGCACCCCAGGAGCCCAAGUGGCCUGGCUUCUAAUUCCACUGCUCCCUUGCUGCUGAAGUCCGGAAUGUCUCAGAUUCCCUGGCCUCCAGGCUCCCCGAGGAGCAGGCAGAACACACACCAUGGAACCCUCCUUGUUAACAAAGGCUGCCAUGUGCGUAAUGCUUCCCACACGUCAACCGUCCUUGUAAAUACUCUUAUACGUAUUAAGAUCUUGUUGCUGAAAUCUCGGCUUCUGUACACCCAUGCCAAAUAGAAAUACGGAGACAGAAUUGAGGAGGAAAGCGAAAGAAUAGCUUUAUUUCUUUGCCAGGCAAAGAGGGAACACAGCAGGCUAGCACCUCCAAAAACUGCACCCCCCUUGGAGAAGCUUUAUAGUAAUGGUUCAAAGAAGGUGUGAUCAGCUUGUGGACAUUCUUCUGAUUGGUUGGUGGUGAGGUAAUUGGGAGUCGGCAUCAUCAACCUUCUGCUUCCUACUGGUCAGGGGGUCUACAUGCUUGUGGGAAGCAUACCAUCGUUAACUGUUAACUUUUCCUACCUGGAGGGGGUAUCUGCAAAACAGCUCAUAGAUAUUGUUGUGUCCAUUGAUGGGGAACCAGGACCUGCCCCAAGGCGGCACUAUUGUUUCUCUUGACUGCUCCUCCCUUGUCUCCCAUCCCU